UCUAUCUAUAAAUUAAUACGGCCAUUUUCGCCAGUGAUGACCUGUGGCCCCUACAUGGAGUAUCACACAAUGAUAUCCAGCUCUGUUCUGAUUGGUCCAGUGAGUAGAUUAACUGCAAAUAACAACCACCUAUUUGAUGACUUUUGCCUUCAGUUUUUCUUUUUGUUCUUUUAUUUAUUUUUUUGAUCUGGCAACCUGUAAAAGUUUUUUUGAUGUGUGCUCCCUACAGCCUGUUUGUCUUUAGUGGUUGGUAACAUCUGGAAUAAAAGGGCUUCUAAAAUUUAAAAAACUAAUUACGAAUUUAGAAAAUGUGUUCAUUAUGUUCAAUGUGAGUGCUCUGAGGCCUCUAGGUAGGGGAAGUCCAGUCCCUUUGCCAAACCCCUGUAUUUUUUUGGCACCUUGACUACAUCCUUGAAUAUGGAAUAUCAUGCCUAUAGCUACAAAGGUGUUUCCUUCUCGUGCUAUUCAACUUGCACCUGCCCCAAGUUAUAUCUCUCUGCUUCAGCAGGAUUGGACAUUUGCUCCCAGUGGGAGGGGCCAGAUGCAGGUAUUUCAAGUAAAACAGAUACCACAUAUGUUUUAGAAAAGGUAAAACAGUUAAGAGUGAAGCAUUAAAAAAAAAAAUCUAACAGAGGCUGCACACUGUGAGAAACAGUGAGAGGAGUGUUUCCAGGUACAGACGUGAAGAAUGGGCACAAUGAAGUGGCUGGUGAUUUUUGUCUUGCUGGGCAUAUGCUCACAGGCUGCAACUGAAUCGGCUAUCCAAGUAUCCGUGUUCUCAGCAUCAUCCAAGACAAUGAUUCUCAGAUGGACCAGGUACUCUGGAGCCAGCUCAUACAAGAUCUCCGUUGCCCCCAAAAGCUCACCAAGCAACCCCAUCGCUUUUGCCCAGUUUGGUCCGAACACAGUGAUGGGCUCUGUCAACUCUCUGUCCCCAAACAUCAAUUAUGUCUUCACAGUCAAAGCUCUGGACAACUCCCAAGGAACACUGAGCGCUGCCAAUGUUGAGUCAUCUACAGCCCCUGAGACCAUGGAGCCCAUCCAGACAGUGAAACCGAAGGACAGCAGGACCUUGAUGGCGGACUUCACCUUGAAGUCCGGGGCGACUCACUACAUCAUACGCAUCCAGAACUCCAAUGGCUUCUACAGAGAAGAUACAGUUUCUUCCUCCCCCACUGAGAUUCAGUCCCUCACACCGUACACUGAGUACACGCUCAGCAUCAUGGCUGUGAACAGCGGAGGCCGCAGCCAGCCGUCUCUUCCUGUGACUGCAAUGACAGUGUUGCCUCCUCCUCAGCUCUCCACCUCCUCUCCCACCAACGACAGCAUCGUUGUGUCAUGGCCCCCCAUUGCUCACGCUGUCCAGUACACCCUGUCCGUAUACAAGUUUGGUUCAAACACCAACAUGAAGCACAACACCUCCAACACCAAUCUGACCAUCUCUGGCCUGGAUGCUGGCUCACUCUACAUGAUCAAGGGAUUGGCCUGGGACCCUGAGGGCCGACAGGGAGAGGGCAGUUUGCACAUCAACCAGACAACACGACCUCCAACACCGUCUUCUGUCAACGUCUCUGUGGUGAUGAGUAACGAUGUGGCCGAACUCUCUGUGUCCUGGGAACUCGAAGCGGAGGUCUUUGGAUCCAUCGAGUAUUUUGUAAUGAGUGACCAGAACCUCACCUGCAACUCCACGUCCAGCUCCUGCACCCUGUCUCCGGUGGCCUGUGGAGAGGUACACGUUAUCCAGGUCACCGCCUCAAACCAGGCCGGGCCCAGCUUCCCGUCCAGCCCCAAGGUCUUCAUCACCUUCCCCUGCCCUCCAGAGUCUCUGGAUCUUGUGGAGUCGACAGAAGGAAACUGCACGCUGACGUGGGACACGGUGCCUCACGCUGACAGCUACGUGGCCUUCAUCAAGAGAAGCGAUGGUGGUGAAGAGACCUGUAACACCACCAGCAACAACUGUACCUACCACUGCCAGUGUGGCUACACAUACCUGAUGUCUGUGCUCGCGUUCAACCAGGCCGGAGCCAGUCCUCCAGGAAAGACUCUCAACUAUACCACCUUGCCCUGUUGUCCCGAGGGUGUAUCCGUCUCCCUGGUGAGCGCUGACACUCUGGAGAUCAUGUGGACAGCUUCGCGGGGGGCAGAGCUCUACCAGACUCGGGCUGCGGACAGUUCAGAGGUCAUCCUGUGUAACGACACGGCCCCGGUGUGCGCCCUCUCUGACCUCAGCUGUGACAGUGCCUACAGCGUGGUGGUGACGCCCUGCAAUGAAAUCAGUGGAUGCAACCUUGCAUGCAAAGCUCACACCAAAGACACAGCUCCCUGCAUGCCAAUGAAUCUGAUGCUGAACCCGAAGAACUCCUCCUGCGUCAGUGUGAGCUGGGCAGCGAACAACAGGGCAGCUACUUACACAGCGAGCGCGAUGGGAGAUGACGGCAAACACACCUGCACCACCACUGGAAACAGCUGCGACAUCGCUGACCUUCCCUGUGGCUCCACCUAUGAAGUCAGCGUCACAGCGAGCAGCGCCGCUGGCCAGAGUUUACCCAGCUACUCUGACUCUCUGGAGACAGAACCCUGUUGCCCGGUGAAUCUAACAGUGGCUCAGGUGACUCAGGCAAUGACCAACGUCUCGUGGUCUCACGCCAAAGGGGCGCAUUCGUUCAUCACUUCUCUGACAUCGCCGCGUGGUCACGCACGCUGCCACACCCAGGACUCCCACUGCCUCAUGGGAUGCAUCACCUGUGGGACAAACUACACCGUCACCAUGGAGGCGUUCAGCCACAGCGGGCGCAGGGCCAACUGCACUUAUCAGGGCUUCUCGUCCAGUGCCUGCUGUCCCUCGGGUGUCAGGCUCUACAGGAUGGCUGGUAACUCUCUGCGGGUGUACUGGCGCAGCGCUGGCAGCAGCCACGGCUACAUCACAGAGAUGAUGAGCGGCAGCAACAACUUCACCUGCACUGCGUCUCCCGGGGAAAACAGCUGUGAUGUUAGCAACAUCCAGUGUGGGGACAUCUAUCACGUGGUGGUGGCUCCGCUCACACCAGAGGGCAGAAAAGUCCAGUUCUGCCCUCAGAGACUGUACUCAGUCACAUGCUCAGACAGCAACAUUGGCUCAGUCAUUUACAGAGGGAAGAGAAGCGUGGACUAGCAUAAGCCUCUUCUCCACAGAGACAACAAGCACUUCCAGCCCCCCCACUCCCACUCCCACCCCCACCCCCUGGUCAUCCCUGGUCAAGUGGAUGAAGCCCAUCUGAUAAAUAAAGAGAACAACAACUGUUAACCAAGAAUAAACAUGCCUGUCUGUCGGCCAUGAUAUAAAAUGAUGAUGAAAUAAAUGUUUGAGAUAUUGUAAACCUGCUUUUAAAUGAUGUUCAUGCAAAGUAUCAUGGCCAAGAAAAAACAUUAUUGUGCCCCAACAGACAUGAUCAAGUACUUAAAUGUGAGAAAGCCAUGGACAAGUGAAUAACAGGAGUUACUUUUGUUUGCAGUAAAUUAUGGUAUGGAAAUGGUGAAAGUGAUGAAAGCUGAAAACCUAAAUUUACAUGCUUUAACGAUAAAGUUGUAACAGUCUAAUUUUGAGUAAUUGCAAAUUGCUAUUGGGUUAAAAAAACUACAAAUAAAUUCUGUAAUUGAUUGAUUGAUUCUCUAAUUGGCAAAAAUCUAUCAGAAAAACGGUAACAGCCUGCCCCAACAGACAUUUUACAUUAUUCAUGAAAACUUCAUUUUAAGAAGCAUUCAUUUGAGAAAUGACCAAAUUAAAAUACAUUUCAUAGCUCCAGCCCUAAGUAGGAAGCCUCCCGAUUAUAAGUGGCAGACACUGAUCUGUGCCUCCAGCUUCUUCAUUGUGCUGCUGCUUGUUCUCUGGAUGAAUUAAACAUUUUGGAAUAUGUGUCACUGCGAUUGUGUAAACCUGAUGCAUAUUUCUGCUAAUAAAGAAUUCCCAGCAUUA